UACUCUCAAAAGCCUGCUUGGCUGACUCAGCACUGGUCAAUACUCGCCCACGCAUUUCCCCUCCAACCAAUCAUUUCCUCAACGUCACAACGCCGCCACGCGCCUCCCAAAACCCCACUUUUCUCCGAUUAAGGGUUGUGGAAGCACUGAAUUGUUGCCGCGGGGGAAUGGCGGUCUCCGGCGCAUUUUCAGGGGCCAAACUCGAGUCUUUGCUGGUCAGCAACGGCGCUGCCGCCGCCGCGUCGAAUCCGGCGGCUUCUCCGGCGUCCUUUGGGGCGCUGUGCAAGGCGUCGGCUCGAGCUAGACGCGGCUUGGUCCAGAGGGGUUCGUUCAGGUGCGAGGUCUCGGUUCAGCCUCAGAAUGCUGCAGCGGCUUCAGCCGCCGCCGCCAAUGCGGCGACGGCUUCCAGCCUUUCGGCCCUCGAGCAGCUCAAGACCUCCGCCGGUGACAGAUAUACAAAAGAAAGGAGCAGUAUUGUUGUUAUUGGGCUCAGUAUCCACACUGCACCAGUUGAAAUGCGAGAAAAACUAGCUAUUCCUGAAGCAGAGUGGGGUAGAGCCAUUGAGGAGCUCUGCAAUUUGAACCAUAUCGAAGAAGCUGCUGUUCUUAGUACGUGUAACAGGAUGGAGAUAUAUGUUGUAGCUCUUUCUCAGCAUCGGGGCGUUAAAGAAGUGACUGAAUGGAUGUCAAAGAAAAGUGGAGUCCCGACUUCAGAGAUUUACAAGCACCGGUUUUUGCUGUAUAACAAAGAUGCCACUCAGCACAUCUUCGAGGUAUCAGCGGGGCUGGACUCAUUGGUUUUGGGGGAAGGUCAAAUCUUGGCACAGGUCAAGCAAGUAGUCAAGGUUGGUCAGGGAGUGGCUGGUUUUGGAAGGAACAUCAGUGGGCUUUUCAAACAUGCAAUCACUGUGGGGAAGAGAGUUAGAACCGAAACAAAUAUUGCAGCAGGGGCGGUUUCUGUUAGUUCAGCUGCUGUGGAGUUGGCUCUAAUGAAGCUUCCUGAAUCGUCUCACGCCACUGCCAGGAUGUUGGUUAUUGGAGCGGGGAAGAUGGGGAAGCUUGUGAUCAAGCACUUGGUAGCCAAGGGUUGUACGAAGAUGGUGGUUGUUAAUAGAAGCGAGGAUAGAGUUGCUGCAAUCCAGGAGGAGAUGAAGGAUGUCGAGAUAAUCUACAAACCCCUCGACGAAAUGCUGGACUGUGCUGCAAAUGCAGAUGUAGUUUUCACCAGCACUGCAUCAGAAACCCCCUUGUUUCUGAAAGAAAACGUGCUGAGCCUCCCGCCUGUAAGCCCUAGCGUCGGGGGCUUAAGGCUUUUCGUAGAUAUCUCCGUUCCUAGGAACGUGGGUGCCUGUGUUGAUGAGCUAGAGACUUCACGAGUGUACAACGUGGAUGACCUUAAGGAGGUCGUGGCUGCCAACAAGGAAGACCGGCUUCGAAAAGCAAUGGAAGCUCAGGCAAUAAUUUCUGAGGAAUCAAAACAAUUUGAAGCUUGGAGGGAUUCACUGGAAACUGUCCCCACCAUCAAGAAACUGAGGACUUACGCAGAGAGAAUCAGAGCUGCAGAGCUCGAGAAAUGCUUGUCGAAAAUGGGGGACGACAUUACAAAAAAGACGAGGAAAGCAGUAGAUGAUCUCAGCAGAGGCAUAGUAAACAAGCUCCUUCAUGGUCCAAUGCAGCACCUGAGGUGUGAUGGGAGCGACACCCGCACUUUGAGCGAGACCCUCGAGAACAUGCACGCUCUAAACAGGAUGUUCAACCUCGAGACUGAAAUAUCGGUGUUGGAACAGAAGAUUAGAGCCAAAGUGGAGCAAACACAGAAGUGAGGGCCAAAAAAUGUCUGUUUUUCUCUCUUGUAAAUUCUGAGUGGAUAUACUUAACAGGACAUGAUUACUUUGGGGUGAUCUAUCAUUGUUGGUUUGUUGUUGCUGUUGACUUCUGCCUUUUCUCAAUACAUCUGAAAGAAGAUUUCCUUAUUUGUAUGUAUUUUGCUUUCUAAUGUAAUCAAGACAGUAUAAAGUGAGCUUUGAACCUUAUAACCCAUGAUUUUGUUGGAGUCUGUACUUGUACCUAAUGCAGUGUUCACUGAUUAAUUGAGACCAAAUUUUUUGUUAA